GAUAGAAAAGAUCAAAACUUUGGACAUGGUUGAAGAGUGAACUACAAUCGUUUUCCCGUUACUGACCACUACCAGUCAAUCCAUUUUCAGUUAUUUGUCUGCGUUUUUGUAUUAAUGGAGCUCAUAUUUUCACCAUCAUCUUCUCUUAGAAUUCCACCUCUAACUUCUCAUUCCAAGCUCUCUUCUCAUCGUUACCACCAAUCAAACAUACCCAUUAAGUCUCCCGCUAUAACUCCGCCAUUUUAUUCCUUUGCCAGAGCCUCUAAGCUUGGAUUUUACCCUCGUAAAAGCCACUCAAAACUUGUACCAGAUAGAAGUCGUAGGAGGCGUAAUUUCAUCUGGGCCUGCAGUGAAGUUGGAGCCGCUGAAUCAGAACCAGUGCUGAACAAAAUCUCAGAUUUUAAAAAUGCUUGCUGGAGAUUUCUAAGGCCCCAUACUAUUCGUGGAACAGCUCUUGGUUCUACUGCUUUGGUGGCUAGAGCAUUAAUUGAGAACCCAACAUAUAUUAAGUGGUCAUUGCUGUUGAAGGCAUUCUCUGGUCUUUUUGCACUACUAUGUGGGAAUGGUUAUAUAGUCGGCAUCAAUCAGAUAUAUGAUAUUGGAAUCGACAAGGUUAAUAAACCUUAUUUACCUAUAGCUGCAGGGGAUCUCUCGGUUCAAUCGGCAUGGUUGCUGGUGAUAUUUUUUGCUGUGGCUGGAGUCCUGAUAGUUGGAAUAAACUUUGGUCCAUUUAUCACUUCUCUUUACUGCCUUGGUCUUUUCCUGGGUACCAUCUAUUCUAUUCCUCCAUUUAGAAUGAAGAGAUUUGCUGUUGCAGCAUUCCUUAUAAUUGCUACGGUGCGAGGUUUUCUUCUCAAUUUUGGAGUAUAUCAUGCCACAAGAGCUGCCCUUGGACUUCCAUUUGAAUGGAGCUCACCUGUGGCAUUUAUUACGACGUUUGUUACAAUGUUUGCAUUGGUUAUUGCCAUAACAAAAGAUCUGCCAGAUGUAGAAGGAGAUCGCAAAUUCAAAAUAUCAACUUUGGCAACAAGUCUCGGAGUUAGAAAAAUCGCCUUUUUAGGGACUGGGCUUUUGCUAUUGAAUUAUAUUGGUGCUGUAUGCGCUGCAAUUUACAUGCCUCAGGCCUUCAGGCGUAACUUGAUGAUACCCGUACAUACAAUUCUUGCAGCUUGCCUGAUAUUCCAGGCAUGGGCGUUAGAACGAGCAAAUUACACAAAGGAAGCAAUCUCAGAGUUCUACCGGUUCAUAUGGAAUCUCUUCUAUUCCGAAUAUAUCAUAUUUCCUUUUAUCUAGUGGUAUGAUUUCUUUUAAUUCUUUUACACUGGAAGAGAAAUAGAGAGAUUGAGUGUAAAUAUUUGCUCUAGUUAGCAGAUUAAAAUUUGCUGUUUUAGCAUGCAACUAGCAGUAAACAUUAUGUUUAACCAGUUGUACCACUCCUCUUCCUUGAUAUCAUAAAAGAGCAAUAAAUUUUCAUCUUGCUUGACAUGUUUUCA